AAAAAAAAUGCUGGCCGCAAAUUCUAAUUCCAAUUUCAAAUAGCAAAAAAAAAAGAACACAAUAAAAAUGGCGGAGUUUUACCGCGCGAAUGAAACGUCAGUGCAGUUUUACCAACGAUGUACGAAUAUAUCUUACUUCGAUUGUUCGGAGGAGGAGAUGCUAUGGAUUAUGAUGGGACCUCGCACCUUGCCUCUGCAGAAGAUAGUUCCUAUCUCUGUGCUCCUGCUGGUGAUAUUCUUGACCGGAGUAGUGGGCAACGUGGCUGUAUGUGUGGUGAUUGUGAAGCACCCAGCUAUGCACACAGCAACUAAUUAUUAUCUGUUCAGCUUGGCGUUGAGUGAUCUUCUGUUGUUGCUGUUUGGUCUCCCCAACGACCUGUCAGUCUCCUGGCACCAGUACCCCUACAGUCUGGGCAUCGUCUUCUGCAAGCUGAGGGCACUCAUCUCUGAAGCAGCCUCCUACGUGUCAGUGCUGACGAUAGUGGCGUUCUCUCUGGAGCGGUACCUGGCCAUCUGUCACCCUCUCCAUCUGUACGCCAUGGCCGGCCUAAGGCGCGCCCUACGUAUAGUGGCUGCCCUGUGGCUGGUCUCCCUGCUGGCGGCGUCUCCCUUCGCCCUCUAUACCACUGUCAGCUACCAUGACUAUCCCCCAGCGGCGGUGGUGGUAGCAUUCUUCGUGUGCUGGGCUCCGUUCCACUUCCAGCGCCUGUUCUUCAUCUACGGCACCUCCUCGCGGCACUACCACACCAUCAACGAGUACCUGUUCUACGUGGCCGGUGCCUUCUACUACAUCUCUGCUACUGUCAACCCCAUACUGUACAAUGUCAUGAGUCAUAGGUACCGCAUCGCGUUCUCAGAGACCCUCUGCUGCGGCAAGGUGAUCAGCAAAAAAAAUAGGUACCGGGAGCACUCCAGCAUCAGAGAGACCAUGGUGAACCACACCUCCGACGGAACCAACCUGGUCAGGGUCCGCUCCGAGAUCCAGCAUAAAAGGAACCGAGUGGACAGACGAAGCAGGAGAUGCAGCUACUACGGAACGGAGACCACAAGCCUUUGCAGCGAAAAAUGGAGACAGGAGACUCCAAAAAAGAUGAACAGCAUGGUAAUCAACGACAGGAACAGUGUAUCUUCAACCUUAUGUAAUAAUAAUGACAGCCAAUUGUUGUACAGCGACUUCAAAAUAGAUGGUGACGUCACUUAGGGUACCAGGCGCGCAGACAUCGUGAGAGUUAACUUGACCGUCAUGAGAUACUGUCCGCCA